AUGCGAAUCAUUUGUCGAGCAUGCCGUUAUACGAAAUGUAUUCAGAUGGGAAUGGAUAGGCAAGCUGUUCAACCUCGCCGUGAUCGUAACGCAGGUCGCCGAAAAAUCUCAUACUCAAAUCGCUCACCACCACAACAGCAAUCGAUGGAUAAAUUGGCUUCGGCAAUGGAAUUCUCUGGUUUAUCUCCAGAAGUGCCCUAUGCUGCAUCGUAUUCGUCUUCACUUUCUGAAGAUCCAGAAACAGCAACGCAUUCGUUUGGACAAGAAACACCUGAAAGUGUGCUAGAAAUGCUCUUAAGGGAGGAACGACUCUACAAUGAGCGGAGAUGUAUUUUAUAUUGUGUCAGAAACAAUAUUUCUCAAAUACUUUCAGCAGGAGAAGUGAAUGACAUUCCGUUCUCCUCUCAGGAUCUUACCGAAUUGACAUUUGCGGGUGUACAAAAGGAUAUCAGGGCGCAAAUUCUUGCCACAUAUGAAUGGAUUCGUGGAUGGAACCAUUUCAAAUGUUUGAACAUUUCGGAUAAGAAAGUUUUCCUUCGACGAUGCACACUGUUCCAUCAAAUAGUUGAUCCAUGUUAUCUUACAAUGAGGCUGGGAUUACCAAACAGGUUCGUCAUGUUUAAUGGGAUGUUCGUCGGAGUCGCGGAAGGUUCGGAUGAGGGAUGGCGAGACGAGACGUGCAUUUCAGCGAAUCUGAAGAAAACAUACUACCGACCUCUACUCGAUAGUGUGCUCGCUGAUAUUGUUUAUCCGAUGAAAGCAAUCAACAUAACAUUUAUCGAAUACGUGAUUCUAAAGGCAUUGGUCACUUUUAAAAGCACAUCGAUUGCCAACGUCUCACCGACACUGAAAAAAUGUCUUCUCUCACAGAUUGAUCUCAUAUUUGGAGCUCUUUCAUUGCACUACACGAAUCUUGGUAUGUCAGACGACGAGAUUGCUGAACGAACCGGAAACGUGGUUCUUCUCAUCGGCAACAUUUUUGAAGUUGGGAUGCAAUGCCUCGAAAGCCACCAAGUGAUCCAGUUCUUUGAUCUGUGGAAACUUGAUGACCUUCUGAUCAAAUUGAUCAGCGAAAGUACGAAAUUAUGA